CCAGUCAAUGUUCAACAUUUAACCGAGGAGACACUAUUUACAAGAGAUUUACCUCGGUGCACAAACUACUUCUACUUUAAUUAAAACACAUUUUGGAGAAUUAAAAGACUUUAAAUUAGUCUUAAAACGUAACUUCUUUAAUUAUAGAAGCAGCGGAAGUUAAAGUGAGUUCAGGUCCUGCAGUGGCACAUCAAGAAUGAGCAGCGGUUAUACACCGACAAGCGCUGGACGCCAGGUGACCGGACCGAGGAGAUGCUGCUAAAACACAACGGGAGUCUUCUUCUGCUCACCGUCACCUGCAUGUGCUUCUCAGGAGGUUUGCUUUGGUCCUACCAAGAAGAGGAUGCCACUGACGGUGAGAAAUGCUCGGAAAAUAAUAUUUCUACCACAAAGUACCCCUGCGUGAAGUCAACGGGAGAGGUUACGACGUGUUACAGAAAGAAGUGUUGCAAGGGCUUUAAGUUUGUUCUGGGCCAGUGCAUUCCUGAAGACUAUGACGUAUGCGCCGGCGCCCCCUGUGAGCAGCAGUGUACCGAUCAUUUCGGCAGAGUGGUGUGUACCUGUUACCCCGGCUAUCGCUAUGACCGUGAGCGUCACAGAAGGCGAGAGAAGCCCUAUUGUCUGGACAUCAAUGAAUGCGCUGACAAAAACAUGACUGCAUGCUCUCAGAUCUGCAUUAACUCUGUGGGGAGCUACAGGUGUGAGUGUGAGAAAGGCUACUUCCUGGAAGAAGAUGGGAAAACAUGCACCAAGGGGGAGAGAGCAGUACAUCUCUUUGAGAAGUCUGAUAAUGUCAUGAAUACUGGAACCUGCUCAGCCACGUGUGAUGAUUUCUACCAAAUUAAGAUGUCUGUCCUACAGCUUAAACAGAAGAUGGCUUUGCUGUCAAACAGUGCUGGCAUCCCUGAGCAGAUGACGAGUGAAAAACUCCUAUCACCUAUGUCUUUACCAGGGCCUCCAGGUUCCCCUGGACUCCCAGGAGAUCCAGGACCAGAAGGCCCUCCAGGAAUUUCAGGACAGACGGGGCCCCCUGGACCACCUGGCCCCAGAGGCUUAAUGGGACCCAUUGGACCAACACCCGACCUGUACCACAUCAAACGAGGCCCUCGGGGACCUGUGGGGCCUCCAGGAGCACCAGGAAAAGACGGUCUAAAGGGGGACAGAGGAGCUCCUGGGCCUGUUGGACCACCAGGCCCUCCAGGAUCCUUUGAUUUCCUGCUUCUGCUGAUGGCAGACAUCCGAAAUGACAUCGCAGACCUGCAGAGCAAGGUGUACGGUCGACCUAUGCACUCUCUAGAGGAGGACUUUCCCACAGUCCCUGACAGCGGGAGACAAAACCAGGACCCUUUAGAUAUGGGCUCGGGUGAGGACUCUAAGGAAGCGCCGCCUCGAACAGGCGCAGGGCCGAAGAGGAACAGGAAGAGGAAACCAACACGAGAGAGAACAGAGUGAACAAAAUGGAAUGAAUGAAAAAGUACAAAAAAUACAUUGUCUUUGGUGUGAAUAUUGAAAUGAUCUGCCUUCUUAUUUAACUUCUUAAAAAAAGAACAUAUUUUAUGCUGUUUGAUUACAGAUUGUCUAUUUUUGUAUGAUAUACAAAAUUUCAUCUAUUUUUUAACAAAAAUGAGUAGACUGUGCCAACGCAUGCUUUUUUAUUGCAUAUUUUCAGAAACCUACUGUUCCUUUAUAGCACAUUAAAGAAGUCUCUCAUAAAAACAGGGGUUUUUUUCUCUUUAACUGUAAACAAUCGGCAUGUGU